UUUUCAGCCUUUAGGUCCACAUCUUGAGGUUUACUAUUGUAAGUUUGUAACUGCCUUAUUUGGGUGGGUUAUGGCCCAAAGUGAUCAGCCUUCAUGUGAUUUACACUGCUAGAAUUUCUUUGCAUGUAUUUAUAUACGGCAUCUCCCCCUUCCACCAUCCCAACUCCCAAAACUUUCAAGCUCUUUCUCUCUCUCUCUCUUUUGUCUCUAUUUGUGUCCAAGUUGUGAGCGUACUUCAAGCAAAGUGUGUCAAGCUGAAAUCAUGAAGCAAGGCUUUCUUUCUGGUGCUCUUCUUUUCUUCCUUCUAAUUCUUAUUUCCUCUUCCCAUUUAUCUGCUCGUUUCAUAGCAAACAAACAAGGAAAAGAUCAAGAGGCCGAGCUUAGUAAAAUCACUGAUAUGGAGGACAUUGAACUAAUGAAUCAACUAAUGGGGGUAGAAGCUUGUGAUACUGGAGAUGAUGGAUGCUUGAAGAGAAGGAUAAUCUCAGAUGCCCACUUGGACUACAUUUACACCCAGCAUCAUAAGCCUUGAGAUUUCCAUACUGAGGAUUUGAAGAAGUUGAUGUCGCAUCUUCAUAGUUUUAACUUAGUAGUAAUUCCCCUAUAUAUAUGUUUUAUUUUUAUUUAUGUAUAAUUAAGUUCUUCUUAAAUGUUAACCUUCGUAGUGUGAGAGCCACUAGAAUGGGUUGUUAAGGUUUUAUAAUUAUAUGUAUGUUAGUAUAGAUUUAAUUAUGGUGAUUAAUGUAACUGUUAGAACAAUUAGUGCAGCUAUGUCUAGCUAGUUUCAUUAAUUUGCAACUUUGUUCUGUCUAAUCUGUGAAAAAUGGGAUGCUAUAUUUAACCAAAUA